CGCAUCGAUGUUCUUCAUAUCACUACCUAUGACAGAAAUUAACGAUUCUUAUAUGACCCAUAGUUGAAUUUAUUACGGGACCAUUUUGGAGAAACGAGGCAUCUCACGUGCUCCUGUUGUCGCUUUAUAAAUGAUAAGUUUUAACUAUAAAUACCAACAACACUUAAAUAUUUCUCUAAAAUGUUAUCCAGUUUCAACAAUUUGUAUUCCCGAAGCUAUAGCUUUCUGUUCGUCAGCUUUACCGUCCGUAUGUCUGUAAACCCGUCUAAUUGUGAAACAAUAAGAACUAAUCAUACGUUAAUUGCUAUUUAUUCAUUUAUUUUGUGAGAAUCUCCUCAAUUUUUACAAUAUCGAAAACUAUCGAUUUGAGAACUUUUUUUUAGACAUUUUUUUUUUUGAUUUUCCUCAUAUCCCUGAAAUUUAAAAAUAUUUGAAUUUUAUGUCAUGAACCCGUUAAAAGUGGGUAAAAGCAGUAUAAUGACUUUCUGCAAAUGUAUGUAACAGACAGAAGAAAGCAUCUUCGAUCCGAAUGUAUUGUUCUGUCGACUCGUCCGAGAGGCCAUCUCAGGGGAGAAUGUUAUCCUCUUUGAGCAGCACGAUGUCGUUCGGCUGUAGAUUUCUCUUGGGAGCGCGCGUAGAUGCACCAUUUAUACAUAUACCCGGCAAUGGAAUUAUAUCUGGAACCUAUUUAAAAAUGUUCCGAACUCAAAAUAUAAAAGCCUACUUGGGCAUCCGAUAUGCCCACGCAGCAAGAUUCUCUCCGCCAGACAUUGAAUUGCCACCAUGGAAAGGAAUCUUUAACGCAACUACAUUUGCAUCAAGCUGUUGGCAGCAAGCCCGUCCAACAAUUAAUGUGCAAUUAGAGAAAGUUUUAGAUAUUAUAUCAGGCAAAAAUAUUAACGAACCGGGAAUAAGGAAAUAUGAGGAGAAUUGUUUACAUUUGAAUGUAUUUGUACCUGCCGGACCACCUGAAGUUGACGGAUAUGCCGUAGUUGUUUGGAUACACUCUGGAAAUUUUUCAAUGGGCAGCCCAUAUGACAUUGAGCCAUUUCAACUUGUUUUUAAGCAAAAAGUUAUAGUUGUAACAUUUUCAUAUCGACUAAAUAUUUUUGGGUUUUUUUCAACUGAUGAUGGCGAGGCUCAAGGCAAUUUUGGACUGAUGGAUCAAUCGGCUGCACUGUACUGGGUAAAGAAAAAUAUUAAUUAUUUUGGAGGUGACGAGAAUCGGAUCACAUUAAUGGGCCACGACGCAGGAGCUGUCAGUACCGCCUUGCAUAUGACAUCCGGGGAAUGGUCAAAGGGAGCCUUCCACAAAGCUAUUAUAAUGUCCGGCAAUCCUUUAAACUCUCUUCGAUUACCACAUGAAUUCAAUGACGAUUUGGAUAAAAUAUCAAAUAUAUUCGGAUGUGCUCGAAGACCAACGUCAAUUUUUAUUCAAUGUCUUAAGAGAGUUGACGCAAAAAUUAUAACUGAGAAUCUACCGUCAAUUCAAUGGGGUCCCAUUGUGGAUUCUGGAUUGAGUAAUACAUCAUAUCCAUUUAUCGAAAACCAGCCGGAAGCGUUAUUUAGGAGUGGAACUUAUCAUAAAGUACCAGUUAUUGUUGGCAUAACUGACAUGGAGGAUGUUCUUACAAUUUUAAGGGAAUACAUUUCGUUAGAGCUGAGUCCAGAGGAUAUGACAAAUUUUUUUUCAGACAUCGCAUUAAAUGAUGUUUAUAAACUGAGGGGUAGCAAUCAAUGGUGCACAAACUUUCCCAUCAUUUCUGAUGCAAUAAGCUUUAUGUAUUCUGAUAAAAAUAAUGCUGAAAAAAUGACUAUUAAUACAAAUUUAAUCAAUGCUCAUACGGAAAAAUCAUAUAUAACUCCAUUAGAAAUGUUUGUCGACAUAGUAAGUAUGCAUCAAAAUGUUUAUAGUUAUGUAUUUAAGUUUCGGUCAAAAUCUAUUCGUCCCGAUCUACCAAGUUGGAUAGGAGUACCAAAAUAUUUUGACCAGAUAUUUGUUUGGGGUAUUCCGUACGUAAACAAUAUUAUAGAGUGGAAUUCAACCGAUAAAAAAAUGGCAGACAUUAUUAUGACAUUAUGGGCGAAUUUUGCUAAAACAUCGAAUCCUACCAAGUCGAACGUGUAUGUUAAAUGGAGCACAAUAUCGCCACCCAACUAUUCUUAUAUAAUAAUUGACGAACGAUUUAAUACAGGCUAUUUUGCAGAUAAUCAGAAAGUACAGUUUUGGAAAAAUUUGUAUCCUAAAAUUCUCAAUUUCGCAACAGAAUGCUGCAAUUCUACAAAUGCAGGAAUAACAAAAUUAAUCCCCUACACAAUGAACAUAAGUUUAUGUUUAUAUAUAAAUAUGUAUAUAUAUAGUUUUUACAUGUACAUAUUUUGAA